AUGAGCGACGGCUGUUUCCUUAAUUAUUACUACUGUCACGAAAGUCCUAAUCUAAUGGAGGAGACCGAUUUCAGCAACCUUGCAGAGCAGGUUGGUGGACUAGUCAACCAAUGUCGACAGUGGAAACAAAGGAAUGCAGAGCUAGAAGUAAAGCUCGAGGAGCAGUCUAGGCGGAUUCAAAUUUUGGAAAUGGAGAAUUUAGACUUACAACGACACAUCGAAACUGUCGAACCGAGUGACACGGCUGAUGAUCACAAGGAAAGGCUACUCGAAAACCGACAGCGAUAUGCUCCAAAUUCGGUUAUCCAUGAUUUCAUGGGUAAAGAGGAGAAACCAGAGACUAUUUCUUAUGAGAAUUAUUCGAAUCUAGCAAAGUGUUAUGAACAACUUUUCCAAGAGAAUGCUAGUUUGAUUGAAUCCUUUUUCACAGUGAAGAAGAAGCUGAAGAGCUGCAAAGGCAAGGCCACAUCGUGGAAAAGCUGUUUCGAACGUGAUGCAUUUGAGGUUUAUGUCCAUGGAAAGAAAGUCCUUUUCCGGAGAGAUGAUACUAUUGCAGCUUAUUGUCCACUGAAACAACAUCGUCCGGGGCAGAGGGAGUCGGCCUCAACGUCCGAUAAACUUACAAUCGGACCUCCGGAUCAAAUAUGCCAACCCCAUUUGCAGGAACAAGGCCUUAUAGAGAGGAGUGCGGCUAUUACAACAUUAGACAGAGACCAAGAACCCCAAUCACCUGUCCUUCCUAGUUCGAAAACUCGAGCUAGAAUGGCUCCAGGAGAAUCGCCGCAGCAACCUUCCUCGGAGCUGGGCUCCUCGGAUAUAAUGUCAACCCAAACCCAGGAUCCCCGGUAUGCUAUCGAACCGUAUAUAUUUCCAAGUUCACCCACCGUCGAAAACCCAAUUUUCGUCUUAUCGAGGCCAGUUAGAGGGAGGAAGAAGGAAAAUCAACAACCAGUGGUAAAUAAUGCCAAAAACCACCGCGAGACGGGUAGUUUUACCACGCCUAUUACCGUAAAGAGUGAGCCUACGUCAACUAGCCCUUUCGAGAGUACCCAUAGCACAAACAAUGACAAUGAUAUUGAGGGCGAUGGCGACGAUGACUGCUUGGGCCUGAACACCAGCCAAAAAGACAACCAUGGAAUUAUACAAGGGGAGCAUGCUGUUGAUCAUCAACUUGUUCAACUGCCGGGCAACCACUUCCUUGUUUUUGAUGAGAGUGAAGAGUCUGGAAUAGGGUUACCAAGUCUAGGUGGGCGGCAAUUAGCUGGAACCAAACACCGCUUGGCCCUUCAGCCAGUGAAUACCAAUGUUUCUUCUGUUCAAAAUGCAGAUGGGCAUACUCCGAAUCAAGGGACCAAACGAAGACGGUAUGACUCUAAGGGAGUCUCCAAGGUUCAUGUAGUGGCGGAAGAUGAGGAAGAAGGCAGUUAUUUGAAGUUGAAAAAAUCUCACCCUGCCGGCAAGCGGCACACGAGCUCGAAGACUGAGAAAUAUGAAUCUCCUGCUGCUGGACGCUUGGAAGAUCUUCUAGAAACUGUGCCGCGGCAACGACCAAUACUGAACUCCCCGUUUCGAAACUCUGUAGGUUCGGAUAACGUACCUCCCGGAACCCCAAGUAAAAUAGGGCAAAGUUCUAUAACACCCCAAGAACCUCGGUCCCGGAUCAUCGCGGAGUGUAUCCCAUCACCGCGACAACCCCUCCCCCCAAUUUCGAGAAAUUUACGCAGUUCUUCAGAUCACCAACAACCUCGAACCGACGAUGAGGUGCUACCAGAGGAUGAGCCAUUUCGAGCAAGGCCUCUCCAUCGACUCGGGUUUGAACAUUUCAAACUCAACCCAGAAAGAAAUCAGGGACUCGAUUAUGCAUUCGACGAGGUAGUUCGCAGAAAGGACCUGAGGCGUUGUCUUCCAGCCUGUAUCCGUCCAGAAUGCUGCGGAAAAGGCUUCCGCACCCUGGCGAAGCUCAAGGGAUUUGCAACAGCUGGUAAUAACGAUGCGUCAUUGGAGUACUUAGACCAGGAGGACCGAGAGGUGCUGGAUGAAUACCUGGGCGACAAUAGAGUCGUCUUAGAGACAACGACGGAGAAGGAGCUGCGGGAGUUACUGCUAGAUGCACGAACGAGAUAUCUUGCCAAUAAGUUUGGCAAACACCGACACGCCCAUGAGCGAGCGCGUUCGCCGCCUGGGUUCUGGCGCACGGAUAUGCCUAGCACUCAAGAGCUAGAUCGUGAUCGGGAGGAUGCGAAAAAGGCUGAGCAAGAGAAAUUGGCUGAAAGGCAUAAGGAAGCGAUGAGGCCAGGGGGGAUAUGGAGAUUUGCUGAUGAAUAG